AUGUACCGAACUUCUACUCUAAUCGCCGUCUCCCGCAGAGCCGCCGCUCGUCGAAGCUAUGCAACUGCUGCCCCACCACCACCUGGACCACCACCCGCCCAAGAGAAGAAGAGCGGUGGCGCUGGAAUCUACCUGAUAGCAGCUGCCCUACUUGGUGGCGGCGCAUAUUACUAUUACUCGACCAACACUGAGCAAGUCGAUGCCCUGGCCCACAAGGCAAAGGUCGAGGAAGAACAGGCCGUCGCUCACGCCAAAGAUGCUGCAAACCACGCGAUAGCCGCCGGCCAAGAGCGUCUGGCAUCUGCACGUUCAACUUUUGAUGGGAGUGUGAAAGAGGCCCAGCAAACGCGUGAUAGAAUUACUGCUGAAGCCAACGCCCGAGCGCAGAAGGUAGCAGACGAAGCUGAUGCUACUUAUAAUGCCGCAAAGGGGAAGCUUGCUAGCGCUCGCAACUCGACAGAGGAACUCUAUCGCGAUGCACGUGCCGAGACAGAGAAGAAGGCAGCAGAAGCAAAGGCGGGCUGGUUCAGUUGGCUAGGUUGGGGGCGAAGCAAGGCUGAGGAGGGUCGGGAAAAACUGGAGGAGGGCAAGGAUAAAGCUCUCAAAGAGGUUCGCAAAUAA